AUGCAAGUGGACAAGGAAGCAUAUGCGAUCAUUUUCGGCGUGAAGAAAUUCUUCCAGUUCUUGUACGGUCGAAAGUUCAUGUUGAUGACAUACAACCAAGCAAUAUCCAAAAUCUUUGGUGAACAUAAGGAUCUACCUGUGAUGUCAGCUAUACGUAUGCAGCAUUAUGCAACUUAUCUGCAGUCAUUCGACUACGAGAUUCGUUUUAGGAAAUCAAAAGACCAUGCUAACGCGGAUGCAAUGUCUCGAAUACCUUUGCCUCAAGCAGACCCGGAGAACAUUAUUGAGGAGGCUGAUGUCAUUGAGCUGAACCAGAUCGAAACAUUACCUGUAACUGCUGCAGAACUGGCUCAGGCCACAGCUGAGGAUCAGUCGGUACGAAAUCUCUUGCAGGGGAUUAAAUACGGCCAGCCACUGGAUCCCAAAGAUCGAUUUGGGGUGGAACAAACAGAGUUUUCGAUACACAAAGGUUGUUUGCUGAGAGGAAUACGAGUAUACGGUGGCAGCUUAGGAGACAGGUACUGGAAGAAUUACUUUGCACCCAUUUCGGAACCACCCGUACCAAGUCCUUAG